AUGCAACAAGGUCAACAAUUUCUUUUUAAUUUACAAACAUAUCCUGCUGUAGAUGAAUAUAUUAAUACAGUCUUAACUUCAAAAGAAGAUGAUUUUUAUGAUAAAAUCUUCAAUCAAAUUGAUGACUUAAAACUUAAAUUGGAAAUUCAACGUCAAUGUAUAGAUAAACUUCGGAUGUACACAACUGCACUGGAAUCAGAAAUGAGUGAAAUUCCUUCUUCUAAUCAACAAGUCAUUCAACCUCAAGAAUUACCAUCAAAUCCACAUCUUAACCAAACUUCCCCAACAAAACAAGUCAAAACAUCACCUUUAACACAACCAAACACACCACAUUCUAAUACAGAACAUCAAACAACUGAAGAAACUACUUCAACACAAUCAAAACGAGGGAGAAGAGCACAAUCAAUUGAUAUCACUUCUCUAGUUGAAUCACAAAACCAAACAGUACCAAAACCACAAAAUAUUACAUCAUCUCCAAGUACAAAUGGAAACCACUCUACAAGUUCUCAAGAACUUCUUUCGUUCCAAAGCAAUGAGGAGUUAAGUACUUCUCAUAGUCAAAGUAGUCCUUCAAUAGUUCCUCCAAUAAAAACAAAUCCAACACAUAAAUCAGAACCAACAUCAGUUCAAGACAGUCAAGCAGAUUCAUUAUUAUCACCAAGUAGUAAAACACAAUCAAGUCAAACAGUUUUCACAGUUAUAAGUAAUAAAAAUGAACAAAAAAUAGAAGAUAAGAAAGAAAGUAAAAGUAUUAAAGACAAUAAUAAUGAUAAUAAAAAACCAAAUGAUACAAAGAAAGCAGAAACAUUUACAAUUCCUUUUGGAACAAAACAACAGAAUCAAAUUAAUAAAUCAAAAGAUGAAGAUUUUAACAAAAAACAACAAGUAUUAAAAACAAAUCCACUUAUAAAAUUACAAAAUGAAAAUCAACCACAAAAUACAACAAAACAAAAUCAAUCUCAAUUAUCUCAACUAAUUCCACCACAAGAAGAAAUUCAACCACAAAAAGAAGAACAAAAAAAGAAAGUUAAAGUUGUAAAUAAAAAUGAUAUUGAUAGUUAUAAGAAGAUUGAUAAUUUACCAACUAUUCUUCCUGAAACUGCAACACAAGGUCCACUUCCAACAACAUUUAAUCUUCCAUUAACAGCUAAAAAGAAAUCAAGAAUAAGACAAGAUAUGUCAUCAAAAAGUGGUGAUGAUGAUGAUAGUAAAACAUAA